GUUGGCUUGUUUUUACGGCAGCAACGCAGGAUGUUUAUCUGCGUUUUGAACAAAUUUUGGAACCACACAUGGGAUACGAUGUGACCAGUUACUGAAGAACAGAAUCUUUUUGGCAGCCUGCAGAACUCACAUGGAGUGACCUUUGAUCUCAGGGCUUUUUGGUGCACAUUGCCAGUGAAAAUGAAAGGUGCUAAUAGGUCAAGUUUCAUCUUUUUGGUGUGUUUCCUCUGCAUUGAUGCUGCAAGAGCCGUGAACAUUACACUAGCAGAUGGAAAUGGGACCAGGACAACCAAUGAGACGGAGGAGGGCAGGGUGCCCAUGGUAUUCACCGCAAUAAACCAGAUCAUUGCUCGAGAGGGCAACUCCAUUUUAGUCGACUGCAAUGUUACUGGUGAUCCUUUUCCCAGUGUAAAGUGGUUCAACUCCCACGGUCCCCUUCCAGACAUGGAAGAGAGUGAGGGAAAGUGGUGGAUUCUGGAGAAUGGAGUCCUCAAUAUCACCAACAUAACAUUUGCAGACCGUGGCAAAUACACCUGUGUGGCAUCCAACAGUCAAGGCACAGCAAACUGCACAGUGACCGUGCGUGUGGUCUUCACCAAUGGCGACAUGGGCGUGUACUACAUGGUUGUGUGUUUGGUGACUUUCACCAUCAUCAUGGUGUUAAACAUCACUCGUCUCUGUAUGAUGAGCAGCCAUCUGAAGAAAACCGAGAAGGCCAUCAACGAGUUUUUCCGCACCGAAGGAGCUGAGAAGCUCCAGAAAGCUUUUGAAAUUGCGAAACGCAUCCCAAUCAUCACGUCAGCCAAAACACUGGAGCUGGCCAAGGUUACUCAGUUUAAGACCAUGGAGUUUGCACGGUACAUUGAGGAGUUAGCACGUAGCAUUCCCCUCCCACCACUGAUCAUGAACUGCCGUACUUUCAUGGGGGAGAUCCUUGAAGUCGUAGGGGUUGAGGAAAUGAGGCACACUUUUGUUCGACAAGCGCCCGAAGGUCAAGAAGGCACUUCACUUGUCGGUGGGGUUGCUGGCAACGUUUUCACCAUUCUGCAGAUUCGAGAGAGAAGAAGAGAGCAGCAGAGGAGCGGCUCGUCUACUGCAGAUUCGGACGAGGCCUCCCUACACGAGCAGCCGCAACAAAUCGCCAUUCAGGUCUCAGUUCACCCACAACAAGCUGAAACGAGCUGCAAUGUGGAGGCUCCACCUCUGGCUGAAAUGCCCUCUGAGGCAGCGUUGGCUCAACUGCCUGUGGAGGCAGAACCAGAGACGAUCGAAGAGACGAUCGAAGAGCCGAUCGAAGAGCCGAUCGCAGAGCCGAUCGCAGAGCCGAUCGCAGAGCCGAUCGCAGAGCCGAUCGCAGAGACGAUCGAAGAGCCGAUCGCAGAGACGAUCGCAGAGCCGAUCACAGAGACAGAGGGGGGAGAAGAAGCUCCGCAGUCAAGCAUCAUAAAUGAAAGUCAUGUGUAGUAUCCCAGGACUGGGUUAUUUAUCUUUUUAUGAAUUUCACACAAAAGGUCAAAGCAUUUUGUUUAUUUUUUUGAUUUCCAAAAGAGAAACACUUGAAGUGAAAAAUAUUUUAGCUUAUUGUGUAUUUGGCAAUUUAAAGCAACUUAGAAUAGGGACAGGAUACAAUCCAAGCAACUGAUAGUUAAGAAUCCUGCUUAGUGGCCAACAGUGGCAGUUUUAUCUGCGGUUUCAGUCAAUAGUCCAGAGCAUUAACAACUGACCCAACAGAUAAACCUUAUCUCAAUUAAACACUUCUGGGCAUUCUGGUGGCACAGUGGGUAAAUAUGCUAACCCACUACUGCUAUUUGCUGGUCGGGUGUCUACACAGACAUGAUUGGCUAUGUCUAAGGGGGGCGGGGAUUGUCAGAUAGCCUAGACACUGGGAGGUGCACUGCUCAGUGUGCUUUUAGUGCCUGUUCCAAGCCUGGAUAAAAUGAGGGCUGCCUCUGGCUGGGCAUCCGGCAUAAAAUCGUGCUGUGGCGACCCCUAAGUGAGUGCGGCUGAAUGCUGUAUUUAAUCACAUCUCUCAAAUCAUUUUUCUUGACCUUUACAGUACUUAAAAUAAAAAUAGAGAACCUGCUGUCAAGGGUUCAUACAAAAUUCAUGUUUCAUAAAUUCUCCAGUCAAACAUUAUAAACCCUUGAAACCCAUAACUUAAUCAAACCUUUACACAGCAUCUUGCUUUGAUCCUCAUCCCCAAUCGUUUUGCAUGUUUCAGGUUUCCCCUCACUUCCAACAUUUAGUAGGUAAAUUAGCUAGUGUAAAUUGUAUUACUGUGUAAUGGAUCACCACCAGCCUGGAUAUAGUCCUGCACAGUGUUUUAGCAUGGUGGUGGAUUAACUGUUUGGGUGUACUACUUCAGUGUAGUAAAACGGAAGGAGUCAUCAGUGGGCUUUGUAAUUGCUACUUAAGUUUUUCCAAAGGGCGCAGAGCAGGAGGUGCUACAGUGCAGAUAUGAGUGGAUAGGUUUUAUUCUGUGCAAUAAUCUCUCAUUUUCAUUUAUUGCUGAAUGAUAGUGUCUAAAUGGACAGGUGUACAUAGUUUAUAGUGUAAGAGUAGAAUACACAGCGCACAAAUUUAGACACAGCUAUUCUAUGAUGUUUGUCCUGUCCUACAGCUGCAGUUACACUGGAUUUUAACUGUUGCAAAUAGUACAGUUGCUUGGUUGCAUUUACCUCUAUAGAUUGUCUUUUGUGGUGCAACAUAAUGGGUCCAGCAAGAUGUACUCAUAAGAUUUUUUUUUUCGAACUCCUGUAUAUUAAUUUUUUUAGUCAUGUCCAAUUGGAGUCUCUCUUUCUCUCUCUCUCUCACCACUGCAACCACCUCUGAUCGACGAGGGCCAUGGUUGUCAUGCGCCCCCUCCUACAUGUGUCAUUGACCCACCUCCAUGCUUGACCAUGGGGAUAGUAUUCUUCUGGUCAUAAUCCUCACCCUUCUUGCACCAGACAAACUGCUGAUUUAUUUAAUAAAACGCUGUCCCAGAACUCUGUGCCUCAAGUCUUUCUCAACACUCUUUGAACAUUUAAAUCUGGGUGGUGUUUAUAUAGCACAUCGCAGCUGAAGCAAAUUAAGGCUCGUUAUUCAGUUCCCAAUGGUUAAUCAUGUUGUAACCCAAGUUUAGGUCAUAAAGACUAGCAGCAGGUUUAAGAUCAACAAUUGUUAGAGGUUGAUUAAAGCAGGGGUGUCGAACUAAUGGGCAUUUCUAAUGGGCAGUGUCAAAGUUGCUUGGAGCCAAGCUAUUAAAUAGUAAUAAACACACCAAUAAAAUAAAUAAGGCUUUUAACAUAAAAGUCUACUUAAUGUUUUCAGUAUACAAAUACAGUACAGUAUUGUACUGUAGGAGUCGCAACUCAUUUAGUAAAAUGGUAGUAUUAAUUCCACACAUUUUUACUAUACAUUAUUGUCUAUAAUCUAUUUACAGCAACAGAGUCAGUUCCAAUGUCAUUCUGCAAUCAUAAGAAUGCUGUGCUUUAUACCCAGAGUUUUUUAAAGCCGAAAAAAUGAUAAUAAAUAAAAAUAAUAAUGGAGAAACUUCUACGUGAAGCUUGUGGAGGCUUUCACAUCAUGCAUUGCUUGUGCUGCUUUAUACAAAUGCUAUUUAAUGUCACAGCAGUAAUCAAACUUCGAACAGAUUUAGGUCAUUUUCUAUUGGCAUGUGUGGUCUGAUGGUGUAGUCAGAUUUUUUUACACUGGGAGUGUAUUAAGCAGAUGCUUAACACUGUUAACUUACCAAAACAAAUCCAUCCUGAUACAUUCUUCUAGCUUUACGUACAUUUAACUUUUUAUUCCUGUUUUGUUUCUAAUAUAUUAAGUCUGCAUGACCAACGAGAGUGUUUUAUGGUUUUAUUCUAAGAAAACAACUAUUAUCGAAAACUAUGACGAUCAUUAAACAGCGGCACUAAAACGUAGGGAUGACUCUGGACCUCUUUGUAUUUGUAUUGUAUUAAUUUUGUAUAUUGUAGUGUUAUUUUAGUGUAGUUUAUAGGGUUCGUUGUUGUAUGAAGUGUUUAGUUGUUCGACUGACUGAUUUUAUUUAGUGUAGCACCAGUGCAAACAGAUCUACUGACCUUGUUUGAAAAAAGAAAAGAAAGAGCUGAGUGAGCUGUUACUCUCGGAAUAAAACAAUCAAUUAAAUAAAACACAACGCACAACAACGCUAUAAAAUACACUGAAAUACUAAAUAUAAAUAACACUGUACAAAACUGAUACAACCUAGUGAAACAGGUGAGGAGAUCAAAUUUCUACCUGCGUAACAGCCGCUUGUGUUUUCUAGGUCAGGCAGUGGAGAUAAUCAGUAUUUUAAAUGUGCAGCUGAUGCCUUCUAAUGGAAUUACUGGCUCCAUUGCAUCUCCAUUGUUAUAGAACGAAGUCCGUCAAGUUUUCAGCAAGUCACAUUUUUUUGUUUAGAAUGUUUUACACCGGUUUAUUUGCUGGUUUUGGCUUCUGGGCCCAGAAAUAUUGACACCCCUGCUCUUAUGAGAAUUUCAGAAUUUGGUAAAGGAGUACCUCAAUCAAGCACUAGCUUUUAUUUAUUAUUAUAACAAAUUAAAGUUAUUAAUGCAUGCAGUCUGAUAUGAGUAUCUGUAUAUUUAGACUCUGUUGAAUAUGGUUAAAGAUCAGAAGACCAGAAUUACUGCUGAAUAACAAGACGAUUAGUUGAGGGACCUACAGCUAAAAUGCUUUGCUGUUAAGUGUUAAACUCACGUUUUUCUGCUGAUCUCAUAUCGGUUACAUAUUCUAAAAUAGGUUAUAAUUAGAUGUUUUACAUUCUUGGACAGUAGACAUGCAUGUGAAACAUUGUCUGACCCUUGUUUUAAGAGAUAAAUGGAUUAUUUUAUCCAACCACCGCUGGAGUCUUUCUAUUAUUGUAUAUAAAUUAAGGUCAACAAUUUGCUUUCUUUUCAAAUGUGCAGCCUGAUUUCUGCUUUUCAUCAGUUGUAUUAUUGUUUGUUUAGACUGUACAGGUAAUGUAUGUUUUAAAGGUCAUUUAAAUGUUCGUGUAUUAUUUACUACCAUUUCUGUAAAUCUGUGGAGAGUUUUGUUACGUUUUAAAUUAAUAAAUAAGUUUCUUUCUCUCAUUGCUUGAGUUAAAUUGAGUUGUGUAUUGAGUGCACCUAGAGGAGCUUAUGCUCACUGGAUUUGGAGCAGGAGCAAAAGUCAUUUUGGGUUUAUCAUUUUAUCCGGUGCUAAUUUUGUUUUGUAGUGAAUAAAAAGCUGUUGUGUGUAAUCA